AUGUCGGACCACUUUCAAACGGAGGAGAACAUGCAAAAGGUCAUGUCGACUUCAGAAGGCGUAGUGGUUUCCCCUCAUGAGUCGCCUCGCGAAUCCGAAGACGCAGACUCUGAAGUCGCCCAUGAGCCGAUUCAGGAACGCUAUGGGAACCCGUCAUAUUCACGGUUCCGCCGUGUGGCGUCCAAGACUGUCGUUUCCUUUGGGUUUCAAGAUCCAGAAAACCCCGUAAAUUGGAAGGGGUCAAGAAAGUUCCUCGUGCUUGUCGCCGGUGUCAUGCAGGUCAUGAACAGCACCAUCGGCUCGUCGAUCUGUAGCAAUGCCAUUCCCCAAAUCGCGACAGAGUUCCACAUCACCAACUCGGAGGCUCUCGUUCUGCCUAUCUCGGUUUUUCUGAUCGGUUACAUUAUUGGCCCGCUGGUGUGGGGUCCUAGCUCGGAAUACUUUGGGCGUAAAGGUCCCUUGCUCAUAGCGUUUUGUGGCUUCAUUAUCUUUAUGCUGGCGUGCGCUGUGGCAAACUCGUACCCUUCGUUGCUGGUCUUUCGCUUGCUCAAUGGCAUGGCAGCAUCUGCGCCGAUUGCUACUGUUGGUGGAUUAUUUGCGGACGUCCACGAUGACCCGACGAAGCGUGGACGUCUCAUGGCGUAUUACAUGGCUUGCACCACUUUUGGCCCCAUCAUCGGACCCUGGGUAUCCGGCUUCGUCGCAGUCGUCAGCUGGCGUUGGUGCUUCUGGAUUGGAUUGAUCUGUGCAGGUGCAACCCUCCCGCUGAUCAUCUUUAUGCCCGAGACCUAUGGCCCGGUCAUUCUGAGGCGUCGCGCGGCCAAGCUCCGUAAAGACACCGGCAACUCGAGCAUUGUGUCGCCACUGGAUCUGGAGAGUCGCAAUGUACGGGAGAUGUUUUUGAUCACUAUUUCGCGCCCAUUCCGCAUGGUCAUCCAUGAGCCGAUUGUGUCUCUGACAUGUUUGUACCUUGCGCUGGCGUAUGCGAUUUUCUAUCUCUACUUUGAAGCAUACCCGAUUAUCUUCCAAGGCAUCUAUGGAAUGAGUGCCGGCAUUGCAGGUCUUUGCUUUCUACCGAUCGGCGUCGGUGCCGUCCUGGCCUGCUUCAUCUUCAUCUGGUACGACGGCUUCCUCGCACGAGCCAAAGAACGCAAUGCCAGCUGGGCCCACAUCGAAGAAUACCGCCGCCUACCACUAGCCUGCCUCGGCGGGCCAUUGUACGUGAUCUCCCUGUUCUGGGUUGGCUGGUCCGCCUCGCCGAACAUCCACUGGGUCGUUCCCUUUUUGUCGGGUAUCCCGUUCGGCAUGGGGUAUCUACUGAUCUUCAUGGCGAUGCUGAACUACCUGACCGACGCAUACGAAACGCUGUCCGCUAGCGCGCAGUCCGCCGCAAGCUGCGCGCGCAGCAUCCUGGGCGCGGUCCUCCCGCUUGCCGCCAAGCCGAUGUUCCACCGACUCGGCGUGCACUGGGCCUGCAGUCUUAUUGCGUUCCUGAGCCUCGGUGUCUCGGUGAUCCCGUUUACGUUUAUUCGCUAUGGUGACCGCAUCAGGAAUAAAAGCAAGUUCUGUCUGGAGCUCAAGCGUAUCAAGGAGGCUGAGCGGCUGGAGCUUGAACGCGAGGAGGGCCUGCGGGAUGACUCUGAUGAGCUUCAGCAUGUUGCUUCUUCGCACUCGCGCCAGAUUUCGCGCAUCGAUACGGCUCGCAGCCACGCAGAGAAGUCGUCGAUUAUCUGUUAA